ACGAGCAACGUACGUCAUCGUGCGCGAGCCUAUAAGUACGGCGUCCCUGUCUCAAACCCGGAGAAUUUUAAAUCCAUUUUUCUUGCCCGCAUCAUAAUCGAUCAUCACGAACAAGACCCUCUCCUCGAACUGCUGAUUCUCUCCAUCUUCAUCGCACAGUGAGAAUGGACAUGCAGAUCGAAUUAAAGCGCGAAUCGGAGUGGGCCGAAGCGCACAAGAUCGAAAUAAGUGUGGACCUGGUGGCUGCAGCCGCACAGCAGCUCAAGUUCCUCGCGGCUGUCGAUCGGAACCGUUUCCUCUAUGAAGGUCCUGCUCUCCAAAGGGCCAUAUAUAGAUACAAUGCAUUUUGGCUUCCUUUGCUUGCCAAACACUCAGAGUCCCAUCUUGUCGAAGGCCCGUUGGUCGUUCCUCUUGAUUGUGAAUGGAUAUGGCAUUGUCACAGGCUCAAUCCGAUCCGAUACAAAUCCGACUGUGUGGAUCUGUAUGGUAGGAUGCUUGACAACUCUAAUGUUGUAUCUUCUACUCAAGGCACCUGCUCAAGGCGGACCGAAGAAAUUUGGACAAAACUAUAUCCAGAAGAGCACUAUGAAUUAGACUUAGCUGCAGCUUUUGAAGAAGAUAUUUCUGAGAAGAUGCUAGGGCUUGAAAAAUGCACUGCAUAUGAUUUGGUGUCAGCAGUCAAAAGACAGAGUCCGUUUUUCUACCAGGUUUCUAGGCCCCAUAUAAGCCAUGAUCUCUUCCUUGAAGAAGCCUUGGCCAGAUAUAAAGGGUUUCUUCAUCUUAUACGAAGAAACAAGGAGAAGUCAAUUAGACGCUUCUGUGUUCCCACUUAUGACAUUGACCUUAUGUGGCACUCUCACCAGUUGCAUCCUGUUUCUUAUUGUGAAGACCUCAUUAGGGUACAUGGCAAAGUUUUGGAGCAUGAUGACAUGGACUCAGACAGAUCUAAAGGACAGAAGUUGGAUGUUGGAUUUUCUGGAACUACAAAUCAGUGGGAAGAGACAUUUGGUAAAAGGUAUUGGAGGGCUGGGGCCAUGUACAGAGGAGCCGCCCCAAGUCCAGUCACUCUUGUACCUUUCUCAUCUAAGAGUAAGAAGAUCAAGGAAUUGUUAUCAUCAGACAAAUACCAGAAUAUAGUUCAGGUUCCAGACGUGAAGUUUGUGGAGGUACUCUUGGAGUUUGUUGGAGUUAGAGGCUUGCCAGAGGGCCACAAGGGGACGCUUUCUGUCUUAUUUAGUAAAUCACAGCCAGACUUGUUUUUCAAUGCUAAGCAAAGGCUAAGUAUUUUGUCAGAAUCUGGAGAGAAAAUGGUUGCUUCGUUCACUUGUGAACCCAAAGGAGAGUUGCUCUUCGAACUUGCAUCAUAUUCUCCUUCCACCUUACCCAUUAAAAAGACACCUAGAGUUUUGGGCUCUGCCUCACUCUCUCUACAGGAUUAUUUGGUUCCAGUUUCAAAACUUUCUGACGAGAAAUGGUUGGAGUUGGUGCCUUCUUCUGGCUAUGCAAGCUCAGAAUCAAUGUGCUUGCGUGUUGGCUUUUCCUUUACAGUUCCAAACCCUGCAUUGCAUGUGCUUCACAUGGUUCGUUCUCGGCCAUUCUCUAAAAGUUCUUGCCUUUUUCCCCUACCUGGAAGGGUUCAACAUGCCAAAAGCUGGACACGUGUAAUGACUGAUGCUGGUACUGAGGUUAUUACUCUCCAAAUGAGGAGCUCGAAGAAAGAAAAGAGGAAGGACAACUUCACCCCUAGGAAGGAGGUGAUUGGAAUUACAGAAAGUGGUGAAACACGUACACUGGCUGAGUUUAUGGAGGAUGGAUGGUCCUUGCUAGGUUCUCGUUGGUCCCUUAAGUUUCAGAAAUCUUCCUCUGAAAAUAGCCAUCUCUGCAUGCUGAUAGGUGAUAGAGUGGUGAACAUUUUUCCUGGCAGAAAACUGGGUUAUGAACCAAAACAUCAUGAGACGCAAAAGAAGGAAAGAGAUUUCGUGACUGCAGUUGAAUUCCCCGCUGAUAGUCCAUAUGGAGAAGCAGUAGCACUGAUCAACUUGAAAUCGGGAGUGGUAAAGGUUAAGGAAGAAUCACUGUUGUUGACUAUGGUGGUACUAGCUUUUGUGCUCUCUGAUAUAAUGGAAAAUGAAGGAUUUGAGGCGGUAGCUGCUAUGGAGGACAAUGUGGAAGCAGACAAUUUAAUUAAGAAAGAAAGCGGGUUCCCAGCUGUAGGCAAAGAGAGUGUCACGGCCUUGCCAGUUGAAAGUCAAGUCGAGCCGAAUGGUGAUGCAGUUGAAGGGAUUGAAGAAGUCCCAGCAGAUUCUCAUUCAACUGUCAGUGGCUGCGGUAGUGGGUGCGGGAGCGGCUGCGGGAGUGGGUGUGGCAGCAUGGUAAAGAGCAGUGGAUGCGGUGGAUGUGGUGGUGGCUGUGGUGGCGGCUGCGGUGGCGGCUGUGGUGGUGGGUGUGGAAAAAUGGUGAAGAGCAGUGGUUGUGGUGGGUGCGGCGGUGGAUGUAGUGGCUGCGGUGGUGGUGCAAUGGUUGCAAGGUCGAGGCAGCAGACCUAGUCAAGAGCGGCUCCGAGGUGCGUGCUGUGUUGAUUUUCCAUUCUGGUUCUUUUUCUACAACUAUCAUCUCAUGGAAGGGUAGUGCUUACUAGUCAUUCCUGUUUUCGGGCAUGUCCAGAGGGAAGUAUUCCUACAAACAGAUGAGGUCAUUCUGGGUCGACAUGACGAAUCAUGUCGAAGGAAUCAACCAUUAUCAUGAUUAAUCAAAUAAAAGGAGUGGAUAUUUCUUUACAGCAGCGGAAUCAACGUGUCAAUUGAUCCCUGCCCUGGCGAAUGCUCCGGCUGUUGAGAAAUUCCACAAUGUUUCUUCGGUUUGCAAGAUCUAUUGUAUAUAUACAUUGUUUAUGUUGUGGACUGCAUCUGUGAGAUGUGUUUAUUGUUCUAUUAGGUGAAUAAAGCUUGUUAUCUGUUGUGCCAAA